GAAUCAAAUCGGUCUGCAAGAAGGACUUCGCGAAAGGUCCCUCCUCGUAUUGAUCAUCCAUAUUAAAGCAGGCCCGAGUAGCCAUUGACUGUAACUCCAUCCCAUCAUCAGUUGCCAUUUGGAUUUACUCCCUUUCCCUACAUAAUAUAAUCAAUCCCACUCGCUCCAGUCAAUUCAUCUUUUGCACCAAUCGCAUCCCAAUAUCAUCUUCGGAACAGUUCUUCUUCUGGUUAAAUAGUACAAUUCCGAAUCAGUUCUUUCAUCACCCUCACAACCAUCCAGCACCCACAAUCGUAUCACUUCUCCCAAGAUGAAAUUCCUUAUCUUUGCAUUAGCCGCUACGGCUCUUCCGGUCAUCAACGCGGCAUCCAACUUCAAGAGCACCUGUAGCACCGUUAACAACCAGAUGGCUACGUUAACUGGAUCCUUAGCCCAGCUCAAGGCUACGGCUGACAAAUUAGGCCAUUAUCACAUCUCUAGCAGAUGUGACGAGGCCAGCCAGCACCUUGGCUAUGCUAAGUCAUCGUGGGGUGGAAUUAGCUCAGGUUAUGGCUCGUUCCCCUGGCAAGCCAGGGAUUCAUCGCAUGCCAGUCGGGUCCAGUCUCGCAUGUCCUCUUGUGGAUCUUCUCUGGAUUGGAUUUACAGCCAACCUGAGGUUUCUCGAUACUCAGACUACCGAACCCCAGUCCAGAACUGUCGACGCACGUAUAACUCUUGUCAAACCGGAUGCACUCAAAUCUGGAACUGGCCAUCACCUCCAGGUUACAAGCCCAGACCUAGUCAACAAGCUGGCUACCGUCGUCAUCGUCGUGACACUGACGAGAAAGUUUGCCCCAACACUCAAGAGACAGCCUGUCCCAUCAGCGCUAACGCCACUGGAUUCGAAUGUGUUGACACUCAAACCGAAAUCACCUCCUGCGGAGGAUGUGAGUCUUUGAACGAAGGUGAAAACUGUCUGACCAUUGAAGGAGCUGACGAAGUUGGAUGUGAACUCGGUGAAUGUCGUGUUUUCUCAGCGCUCCCCGGCUUUGAAAUCAAUAAGGAGAAUGGUCGCCCCACUCCUGUUGAUGUGCCAGACUGGGAAUAAAGAUCUCACGCGCCGUGACUUGAUUGAAGCUAGCCCUACUGACUUGCACGUUCUCCAGCUAGAUUGAUCCAUGUUCAUCAUAUUUACUGCUACAUGUAUCACACCUUAAUUACCUUAUUAAUUCGUAUUCUUAUUUAUCAUUAUCUUAUUUACUGUUAACACGUCCUACCAUCAUGACCUGAAGACUUUUUACGUUUCUUAACAUGAACAAUGCCACCUUGUUUCGUCUUGGACUUUGAUCUCGAUCUUCCAAUUUCCCCAGAGUCACCCUUUGCCAAAUGCCCGUUGACCCCAAUGGAUUUGCGAUCCAAUUGCAUGUUACACUAGCUUGUGAUGCAUACUGCAUACAAGCACCUCUUGGGUUGAGCUUAAUUGAUCGCACACGAUGACCUUUUGCG